AUGGAGAGCUUCAAGAAGCAGUCGUUUGUGCUGAAGGAGGGUGUGGAGUACCGGAUAAAAAUCUCUUUCCAGGUGAACAGAGAGAUUGUGUCAGGCAUGAAGUACAUCCAGCACACCUACAGGAAAGGCGUAAAGAUUGACAAAACUGACUACAUGGUGGGGAGCUAUGGCCCCCGGGCAGAGGAGUAUGAAUUCCUGACACCUGUGGAGGAGGCGCCCAAGGGCAUGCUGGCUCGUGGAAGCUACAACAUCAAGUCCCGCUUCACAGACGAUGACAAGACUGACCACCUGUCCUGGGAGUGGAAUCUCACCAUCAAAAAGGAAUGGAAGGACUGAGCCCCAGCUGGGAGGGGGCAGGGCGACGGACAGACAGAAGGACCGACAUGCCCCACCCCACACCCCUCCCCACCCCAAACCAAAGUGCUGACAGAGCCCUCCCCCACCACCAUCAUUCCUCCUUUGUCCACCCUGGGGCAGCUCUGCCUGCCCCUCUUUCCCCCCCUCCUGCCCUCAGGCCCCUGUGGUCUCCAGUGUCAUAUUGCUGCUUUUGCCUGUGUAGUGGGGGUGGUUCCAGUCCAGACCUCCACCCACUGUGUCCCUCCAGGUUUCCUGUGCCCUCCCUUCCUCAGGCCCUGACUGGGCCCUGGCUUUUUUAAGGCAGUGGAACAUUGUCUGGGUUGCCUAGCCUACCUUGUCUCUCCUGGCUGAGCUGGGCCACUCAGUUUGGGGCCCAGGCCAGUGUCCUCCAGUCCACUGCUCCCUGGCCAGGUCAUUCAUCACUGUCAGUCACUGUCUAACCAUGAUGCCUUAACAUGUGGAACGUGUAUUGGGGGCUGUCGCUAACUCUUAAUCCCCUGUCUGCAUGAGCAUGUGGUCUCCCCUGUCCUUGCCUUGUCUGCCAUCCCAAUUUGGUGACCCACCUGAGGAGGCCUGGGGUGUGCUGCUGUUGCU